AUGGAGAUAGAUGCCGUUUACUCUUUUCAAGUUCAAAAAUUAGGAUCGGAAACAACAAAAUCAUCAAAUUCAAUUAACUCGCUGCAAAAACCUUUGAGGAAAAUGUACACUUUUUACCAGAAAAAUUUUUCAACAAACGCAGCACAGCACAAGAUCGUCGCUGGAGUACACGGAAUGACUAUAAUAGACACGUGUAACCAACAUCAAAAUGCGGAAGAAACGAACAAGGCAACGAAUUUACAAAUAUUAAAAAACCAAAUUAUCUUUAAAGCCGCUUUACAAUUUAAAACGAUCGUUGCCGAUAAAAAAGGCAAAAAGUUCAAAGCCGCAUUCGUUCCAUUAGACCAAGGAUUACUCGCAAAAAAUAAAAAAAAAUAUAAUUCUUUAUUUGUCAAUUUGGAUGAAAAGGAAAAUUUUUUGUCAACUGUAACUGACAACCCUCCAUUAUUUGUUUUUAUCACAAAAAUAAAUAAAAUUUUUAAUAUGCAUGUUUUUGUUUGUAGCAACGAAACUCAAGCAUUGGAUAUAGUUAAUGCAUUUGACGGAAUUGCACCAAAAUUGAACGAGGUCCAGUCGCAAAAUCAGGGAAACAACGUUAGUGAAAAGAAACAAGUUGGAUAUGACGACAAUCCUGCAAACAAAGAAUCAACAGUAAAAUUGGGAAAUCUUAACAGUCAGUUGGGAAAUUUCGCUGAAAAUUCACAACUAAAAUCUGAUCCCAUGAUCUUGCAAUCGCCACAACCACAUCAAAACCCAAUACUGGCUAAUAAUGUUUAUGAUCAACUACACCCAACACAACACAUACCUCCAUUUAAUCCCCAGAUGAAUGUAAAUCAACCAACGACUAAUUAUCCCCAGGUUUAUGGACAGUUAAUGCCACCAUAUUACCAACAAUAUGGAAAUCCUUACCAACCACAACAUAUGUAUGGCCCUCCUUACAUACCACCUAAUUUCCCAGUUUCUAUGCAGCAGUGCUAUAACCCCUCCGAAAACAUGUAUCAACCAUUUGCCAAUGUAGGUCCUUCAGGGACUUACACAAAUUUUUAUCCUAAUCAAGCGUACACUGCCAAUGUCCCACAAGAGAAAACAGAUGUCAUUAACAACAAUCUCCAUGAGAAGAUUCAACCACAACACAAAACAGCCAAUCUAAUACCGCGACCAGUUAUCGUGAAUACAAACAACGCACAAUGCGAACAAAUAGAAGAAAAGUUCAAUGAUUUAAAUAUCAAACCAGCAAUUUCAGUAACACAGCCGACAUCACAUUUCUCCAAAACUGCUAAACAAGAAUCUUCUCAACAAAUAUCACAGCUAUCACCAUUAACAGCCUACAAUCCAUUUGGAAAUUUACUCCAAACGGUCCCAGAAAAACUUUCAAAUCAUGUGAUUGUAGAUGAAAUACAUAACCUAUCCCCAAAAGAUGUAAACGAAGUUCAACAAACUACUAACGCUCAAGCAGAUACAUUUUCAUAUGCCCCGGUGACGCAAAAAAGAAACGAAAAAGUUCCUCCAAUCCCUCCAACAAAAAAGCCUCCGGCAAAUGUCACGAUAUCAAACAAAUCAUCAACAAGUCAACCAAUAGAUGAAUGUACCAGUCCAGUAAGCCCUGAAACCAAAGAAAAACAUGCAUUGAAAGUACCUAAAAAAGUCAUGGGUAUACAAGUUCUCCCAUUUGGCUUGGACCGUCAAAUACAGAAAAAAACGAGUCUGUCGCAGCCUAGUUCACCACAAGAGCUUUCAUCUGAUGAGAAAACGAUUCCAACAGAAACAACAGAAACUCCGAACAUCAUUGCAGAAAAAUAA